UAUAUCAUCCAUUCUUGGUAAAGUAUAUAAGGGGGUCCUUCUCUACCAGAAGUCAACAGCGGUACCACCCUCCAACAAGAAGCAACUAACAGAUCACCAUGUUGAAAGAAUUUUGCUUUUUGUUGAUGGUCACUUAUGUGGCGGCAACAUAUAAAACAGGUUUCCCCUUGAUGCCCUUCAACACUAACAUCCAAAACUUUCCUCCUGUCCCGACCUAUCCCUCUGGUGGAUACAGAUACUUCGUUUACGUUCAAUACCUGUACUACCUGUACAUCACCUACGGACCCAACUCUGUCCAAUACACCCAGUACUACCAAUAUCUGGUCAGGCUGCACAUCAUCCCUGUAGGAUUCAAUUUCGGAUCUGGUGGUUUCCCUGGAGGAUUCCCUGGUGGUAUUGGCGGAAGUAGAAUUAUAGGAGGCGGUAGUGGUAUUAUCCCACUUGGAAGCGGUUACAUUCCUAGUGGCGGAUCUCCAUAUGGACCUGGUAUUGGUGGAAUCGGAGGAGGAUUUCCAACAGGGAGUUCAUUGAGUAUCUCAGGCGGUAGCACUGGUUUCUCGUCCGGAUUCCCAAGCGGUGGUUUCCCAAGCGGUGGUUUCCCAGGGGCUGGGUUCCCUAGCGGAGGUUUUCCAUCUGGAAGUUCAUUGAGUAUCUCUAGCGGAAGUUCUGGUUUCUCAUCAGGAUUCCCAAGCGGUGGAUUCCCCAGUGGUGGUUUCCCAAUCGGUGGUUUCCCAAGUGGUGGAGUAUCAUCCACCAGCUUUUCCAGCGGCGACUCCAUUUUGAGUAGCGAUGGUUUCGGUGACGGUUUUGGUGGCGGUUUGGGAGGCGGAAUUGGUGGAAUAGGAAGUGCAUCUGGAGGUGGCCUGGUUGGAAAACCUAAACUCGGUUACUACUAAACCUUAUCCUAGCUGUUAAAGACUGGAAGCUGAUGGGUACUUGACUCUAUUCUGAUUGCAUUUACCGUUAGAAUGUGUUAAUAAAAUAUGACACUCUU